ACGACUUAGGGAAGUUGGGAACGACUCCGACUCCGAGCCGAGUCCGUCUCGCAUGCGCAAUCGUCAUCGCAAACGCCACGAAGGCGGAAUGUGAAUUUAACGUGCCUGUCCGAUGACUUUGUUGUCCACGUGACCGUCAACGUUCAGGCACGUAUAAACACACGCACGUAUGUACGGUGCGUAUGCGUAUGCGUGCACGGAACACGAUGUGGAUCAGCAUAUGCUGACGCAAGCUCGGACGCAGGCCUCGUCGUUGAAAAAGUUUGAGUCGCGACACGGUACUCGGAACAGGUCGUUAAACGAAGGGAUGGCGACGUCCGAAAGCGACGCUGACUUUGAAAGUGCUGACGAGGAGCUCGGUCGUGGUGGUCCCAUUAAGAGGAACACGGCCCGGGUGACCGUCUAUCGAACAACAGUGGACUCCGAGUCGGACGACGAAUACAUCCAACAAGCGCCUUGCACCAACAUGAAUUGGCAGAGGAGAUCUGAGACCUCACGGAGAAUGCCAGAUGAGUUAACGAGUCGAAAGGUCGCGGUCGACGAUAAGGAUGAUAAGAUAGAUAGCGAUGUCAAAGUUGAAAGUGCUGUAUGUCCCACCAAGUCGAUUAGUCAUGUAGAAAAGACCUCUGACACGCACGAGACUACGUUUCCCGUUGAGUCAGGAAAAUCAACGCAAUCCUUAUCAACUUCUGCGAUAUCAGCGAAGAGCAAAGAUGCUGAAUCCAUGGUAGAGAGUAGCAAGACCGUUGCAUCAGCUACCAUGUCCAGAGCAGAAGCUACGAAGACUGAGUCGAAAAACGAGGAAACCUCCCAAACAAAGCAACGACAAGGUACAUCUCGUCAGUUGGGUGCGAAAAAACUAGGAACUAAACUUGCGAAGGAUAAUGUCGAUGAAUCGUGCGUCACUAGUGCGGUUAUGGAGGAGGAAGAUAAAUCUUCAAUCAAGUGUUCAAGUGAGAAACCUUCACUGUCUGUGAGCAAAGAUAAAGAAUGUAGACCAGAAGAAAAAUCAAAAGUAACAGGUAAUCAAUCUAAACCAUCGAGUGAUUUGUCAGAAAUGGACAUGCCGGAAGAAUUAAAGUCGAAUAAAAAAUUUAAAGAAAUUUUUCAGCCUGAAGGUUGGGAAGGACUAGGGGAUGACAUCGAGUUGCCUGACGAGUUGACGGAAGAAAAAUUACAGCCUGUAUUACAGAGGCUCUCCUUGACUAACAAAGAAGAGAGCAAUGAUGAAGAAAGUUCUUUAGGAAGCUGGGGCAAUUGGGGAAACUGGGGCGUAACUUCAUUAAUUAAUACAGCUACUGCCAGUGUAUCUACUCUAACUAGUCAUGUGUCUCAAGGACUUACACUUUUGGAAGGUACGAUAGGUGCAGAAGACCCUACAGAAUUGGAAAGGAUAAAGCAAGAUACAGUUCCUGCAACUACUGAUGUUCAGCCAGAGAGUCAGGAACAAGAAAGUCGAUCGUACAGCUCGUUUGGAUUCGGCAAUUUGAUAUCGGGAGUGUCCUCAAUUACGAAAUUAGUUGAAUCCACCGGAAGCAAAGUUAUGACAGGUGGUUUGGAUACAUUGGAAGCUAUCGGAAAGAAAACAAUGGAGGUGUUGCAAGAAGGUGAUCCUGGAUUAAAGAAGAAAAGAGCCUUCUUCAUGAACGAGCCUGAGAAACCGAACUUAUCGCAAAUUCUCAGAGAAGCGAAGGAAAAAGCUGAAACCGAGGAGAAAACGAUUGAGGAACGUGAAUUGGCGAGAAAAGUGCAUUUCGAGAGCUUGUUCGACGAUUAUCAGGGACUCGUCCACUUAGAAGCAUUAGAAAUGUUAUCAAAACAGAGCAAUAUGAAAAUUCAACAAUAUUUAAUUGAAUUGGAUACGAACGAGUUGACUUCUGCGCAAGAAACAUUGGAAGAGAUCAAAGAACUUUGUGAUUUGGGCGAUGAAGAUGGCGAAAAUAAAGAUAACAAAGAUUUGAAGAACAAAUUAAAGAACACUUGUCACGAGCUUGGUGUCGAUAUCACUUGUGAAAAACUAUAUAAUGUUUGGACAGAAACAGAAAAUUAUCUUGCGUCAACUCACACAAGUCAGGAGAUCUUUCAGAAUGCUAUAUCAACACUGGCGCAGUUUACAGCACUCUCCGUAGAGAGAUUUCAUAAAACGGCAGAAUUGCUGUUAAUCAAAGAACGUCGCAGUACAGUGAACGAAUCAGACGCCCUGGUGCAACUUACAAAUAUUCUGUCUGAUCAAAUUAACUUAUUAGCCAAUUCAUUUUGUGAUACAUUACAUCAGUUUGCUGAGACUGCAGAAAAGCCAGAUAGCAUCAAUGCAAAUAUAACGACGAUUUUCUUAGAAGCUGCCAACGCAAAUUCGUAUAUUCAAGAUGCCUUUAGACUCCUCAUUCCUAUUUUGCAAGUUGGUGCAAUCUAAUGCAUAAUUAUAAAAUAUAUUAAAUAAAACCUCUUUUUAUACUUUAUAUUUAACAAUAUCGUUUCGAUUAAAUACAAUGUUCAAUGUAGGAAUAGAACAUAA